UUCACAAAGUAUUAACUAGUAAUACCCAAAAACUUUUUUGCAUUAACAAAACAAAGACUGACGUAUUUUUUUUGUUUAUCCAAGCCUAGAAACUCUUUCUUUGAAAACUCUUGUAAAUGUCUUAUUUACAAAUGUUUAUUGUCGGAUACAUUCAAUCUAGAGUAUUAUCUUAGAAAAAGUAUCCCGGAAAACCUUUCGAAAUAUGAAAGGCGAAGAUAACGAACAGUGAUCAAUCUCAUAACCCCUAUCAGCAAUACAAAAUAGAUAGUUAGGCAAACACGGACCCCUGAAUACACCAGAGGUGGGAUCAGGUCCCUAGGAGGAGUAAGCAUCCCCUGCCGACCGUCACACCCGCUGUGAGCCCUAAGUAUCUUGAUCAGGUUACAAACGGGAAUUAUCCGUAGUCAAAAUCAGUGUGCCAAGAUAUGAUGGCAAGGCCAUAAUGUAGUCGAACAGAACGUGCUCAACGUAUUUGUAAAUCAUGUGACCUUAACAAAAUCGAAGACGAAUAUCACUUUGUUUUGGAAUAUCCACAAUAUAGUCAUUGGCGUAGUAUAGACAUGAAAAAAAAAUUAUUGGGCAAGGUCAUUUACCCCUUUAAAAGCUUGUUCAGCUACUUAGCCUUAGAAUUUACAAUUCUAAUAUCGUAUCUUUCUUUAAAAAAAACCAAAAAACUGUCUUCCAUAGAAAUAUAUAUAUAAAAACUAACGAUUCAAGUAGCAAAUUCAGGGGAAAGCUGGAUGACAUUAGGCCUAAUUUAAAACAGUAAAAUGAGUAAGAGAUAAAGAACAGGCAAUUGCAUCGCUUAGGGUAGAAUUUACUAUUAAUGGUAAAUUCGAUCCCAAGCGAUGCAAUUGCCUAUGUGUGAAAGUUGAGAAUUGCAAACACGUGUGAAAAUGCGCUCCCUCGACACUAAACCUGAAGUGAAACAAGUAAUUUUCAAUAUAUACGGAUUUGUAAAUACUUAAAAAAUCACAAACAAUGAUUUAUCAUUUAUUAACCUUAAAUCAAACGCAUGUGCAUGACCUCUCUCUCUCUCUCUCUCUCUCUCUCUCUCUCUCUCUCUCUCUCUCUACUUGUUUAUCCACAUGUAGGAGUCGUAUCAUCGUAUCAAUAAGCGUAAAAAGUGAGAAACAGGCCGUGCGCUAUGAUCACGAAGCUCGCUGGUAGUUUUUUUGUUUGUUUGUUUUUUUUUUGUUUGACUCCUUGUGUUAUAUUUUUGAUAUUUUUAAUCGAUCAAAAUAAUCGGGCUCGAUGUUUCGAAUUUCUUGUUACUACGCCGCCAUAGUUGUUUACAUUCGAUAUUUUGAGCGUGUCAAAACAUAACCACGUUUUCAGGAUUAAGCAACCAUUGUACUGUGUGAAGAAUAUUCUGGAAUUUGUAGGUACGACUCGAGAAACUUCCAGCGAUAAGAAGGAUAAAUAACAAGAAGAAAAUGCCACUGAUAGAAGAAAUCACAUCGGACACCACAACAGAGGGACCUUCCUCAACCUCAACAAAAGUACAGAUUGAGGUGGUGGACAAUGUUCCUCAACAGUCAGGGAAAGAAAUGUUAGACAACAGAAAAUCAGAAAAUGGUGAAGAAUUGGAGGCAGAUAAAACAGACAACAACUGCAAUGGGAAGCAUCCAGAAGACAAAGAAAACCAACAGCCUGAAAACAACAAUUCCAACAACACGCAACAGACAGACAGAUCGUCAGGAGAAAACAAACAGGUGGUCAAAAAAGAGGAGGAGACUAAAAGCGGCUGGCCAAAGCUUACAAAGAAGUUUCUGCGGCAACACUGUAAAGAUCUGAAAUUAUACAUCACACCAUCUCUAAACGAUGUCCUUUAUCUCCAUUACAAAGGCAUCACUAAGAUUGAGAAUCUGGAGGAGUACACAGGACUGCGUUGUAUUUGGUUAGAGUGCAAUGGCAUCAGAAAGAUUGAGAAUCUGGACCACCAAGGUGAACUGAGAUGCUUGUACCUCCAUCAGAAUAUAAUUGAGAAGAUUGAAAACCUGGAGCCCCUCCAAAAGUUGGACACUCUUAACCUCAGCCACAACUCUCUCCGAAAAGUGGAAAACUUAGAUUGCCUCCCAGUUAUGAAUACCCUGAAUCUCUCACACAAUCGAUUAACGGAUGUUGCAUCAUUGGAGCACUUAGGUGAACUGCACACCGUCAGUGUUCUAGACCUUGCACAUAAUAGAAUAGAAGAUCCCAAAGCCAUUGAUGUGUUUGAAAAAAUGCAGAACUUGAAAGUGCUCAAUUUGAUGGGAAAUGGGCUGCUGAAACACAUCAAGAAUUACAGAAAGACUCUCAUUGUCCGACUGAAACACUUGACCUACCUUGAUGACAGACCUGUGUUCCCCAAAGACAGAGCUUGUGCUGAGGCUUGGGGUAGAGGAGGUGUUGAAGCUGAGAGAGAAGAAAGAGAAAUCUGGAUUGACCACGAGAGGAGGAAACUACAGGACAGUGUUAAAGCAAUGCUCAACAUCAGAAAGAAAAGUGAGAAAGAAAAGAUUGAAAAGGAACUGAGAGAACAAGGAAUAGAGGGAGAGGUGGAUGAAGACAGUGUCUGCUGGCUCACUGGAAAAUAUAGAAUGAAGGGAGAAAAGGCAAAUGAGUUAGACUCUUCAUCAGAUAGGGAGGAUGAGGAUGAAGCUCCAAUCAUCACCAGCAAGGCCCCCAUAUCUGAAAAAGGCAUCUUUUCUGGAUCCAAAGAAUCUUCAAAUGAAGACAGCACAAGACUAUUCAUCACAGAAAUUUCAGACAAGAAUAAGGAUGACUUGGAUGAUCUCCCAGACUUAGAAGAUGUUGAUGUCAAUGAAGAACAGCUGAUAAGCAUAGCACAACAGACAAAGACCACAUACAAGCCAAAGAUUGAGGUCCUCACAGACAGCAGUGACAGUGAGGAGGAAACAGAAGGAACCUCAGAGCAGCCGUUAAUCCGGGAAUCGAGCACGUCGACCUCAAAACGACCUCUGGUUGAGGAGGUGUCAGGCAACAAUGACUCUACUAGACUGCUGAUUGAAGAACUUCCAACAGACAGAGAACCUAGAUUAACGGGAGGACAAUCCAAAGCAUUUGGAGCAUCUAUAUCAGAGAUCAGUCUAGAUGACGUAACUCCAGAAAUUCCAGGCUCCUAUGACAUGCAGGCCAGAGCACAAUCACAGCAUCUUCUUCAUGGACUCGGAGCACUGGCAGGGUCCCGGGUGUCAAAGACAGCAACAAGUGACGUCUCAGAGAUGGAGGAAGCCUCAAAGAAAAUGUCAAAAGAACAGAAAAUUCAGGACUUGGCCACCAACAUUGGUGCCACAACUGUUGAUCCUUCAAUAAGAGACUGGGAUGAUUCCGAACUGGAUUGAAAGUUACAAACUGGAAUUUUCUUUGUGUCAUAAAAGAUGUGGACAAAAAUUUACAAUACUAUAUCUGGACAAUUUAUUUGCUCUUCAAAUUUGUAAUCUGGAAAUGUUAUAUUGUAUGACGCAACAAUUUUGACAUGGAUCCCACAGAAAAAGAGAUGUCAACGCAUUUGACAUUUGGUGCAACUGUUAAGUAUUCUAUGGCUGUUUAUGAUAAUAGCAAUCCAACCACAUGAAUGUACAUAUUGAAGUGAUUUUCAAGUUUUAUUCAUUGAAUGUGUUCAAUUUGUUAUAGACAGUGCCCAUGUUAAGUAUUCCGGCUCUGGGGAUUAUAAAACCAACCAAGAAGAGCUUACACUUGAUGAAUUAAUCUCAUUUUUAUAAUAUAGAUCACAGAGUGAGAACGUGAGACUCUUCUCCAUUUUAUGACCCCUCAGCCUGGUCUAACAACCAAGAUCAAUGGAUGUUUCUACAGUGUGUUUUUUUCAUGAUUGAUUUUAAACAUAGAUUAUGUUCAUGUAUACGAAAUUUCAUUUUCACAAUUUGAAAAUAAAUGUGUUGUUGAAAACAUGACUACAAUUACACAACUGUU